AUGCCAGUCUCGAGAAAGAAGUCCUGCGUGAGAUGCAGGCAAUCCAAGUUGAGAUGUAAUCAGGGAAUCCCGAGCUGCUCUCGCUGUUCCGAGCGAGGCGUGCCCUGCGUCUACGACUGGAAGGCUGGUGAUGCAGCCCCUUAUGCACAUUCAGCCGCUACUAGGCCAGUUCGAAUACCUUCUACGCCAUCAAGGAUAAUCGAAGAGCCUCCAGACAGCGCAAUGCAAUUACAGGGUCGCGACACUAUCUCUGCUCCAUCGGCCUCGACCCUCAUACAUCCCCUGUUCCAGGAUACCGAUGUCUCGUUUGAUAAUCUCGAGCUAGAUUUUACCUUGGCGAGUCCCCAUGCUGAGCGAGCUUUCAGUACGCUAAAGUCUGCGGACUUACUCGGCGUGUCGACCGAGUCAACUACGUUUCCCGCAUAUACUAAUGCACAGGGAUCUCCGGGAAUAGAGACAAUGGUAUCCAGGGCUGAUACGAUUCAGAUGAUGGGCGGCCGUCUAAACGAUCCAGGAACGUGGUCUUUAGAGAGGACAAUGUUGCCAAGCCCUGUACUUAAUGUCCAGGAGAUGCCACUUCAGUUACCUUCGCGUCGCGGGACCUUCCAGAGGCGAAACGCAAUCAAACAUUGCCUAGCAAGCAGUAUUGUUCUAGGACAGCUGACAAGCUAUCCCAAGAUGAUGAUUCAAGGCGAUCGUCUGCCGCCAUUCAUCUGUGCGCCAUGUCAGAUGCAUGAAGAGCUGGCAUUUGACUGUGUAAAGAACAAAAUGCAUCAAUGUCUUCCGCGGGACUUGGCAAUAUGUGUUGGGCUGGUGAACAUGUUCUAUUCUCGGACGCCACAGAACGCUGACUUUGUCUGGAAGGCAAUAUAUGCUGAAUCCGAUAGACUGCAUCGUGAGGUGAGAGCUGUCAAGCCCGUGCUACUUAUCCGGAUGUUAAUUAGUUCUUAUACAAUUCAGCACGAAAAUUAUGAUGUGUAUCAACAACUAGUCGCUUUUCAAGCGAUGACAAUCUACACCCUCCUUCAAGCUCUGGAUGUUGAAACAAGUGAGGCCAAUGGAGCACACAAUCUCUUGAGCAGCGUCAUUCAAAGGAUCAAAUAUCGCUCGAAAUGCAAUGCAAGGUUCGACAAUAUCCCACUCCCGGCAUCAAGAGAUCUGUGGGAGGCAAACACUAACUUCACCUGGCGUACGGAGUAUGAAAAGGACAUUUCUCAACGCAAGGCGAAGAGGGCCUUGACAAUAGCGGACUUGAUGGAGCUGACUGAGGGAGGGUCUCUGAAGAUAUUGUUGGAAACGGACCCAAGGUUUGAUCUUGUGCCAGAUGCUUUCGCCUGGUGUGAGGGUUUGGAUUCACUCGGCUCUUUGCUAUGGAUGGUCAUUCCUUUCCAACAGAGACGGACGCAGCCUGGUAUGAGCGAAGUGUGGUAGGCUUGUAUGGAGGCUACCUGGCUACUCGCCUGGGAAAGUACUCAUUCUCCUCCUUCUCUUCCAGCGAGUCCAGGCGAAUAUGAUACUUGGGAGUGUCGGAUGCCAGAUUAUUGGCAUCUGGCAGCAUGAAGCAGCGUCAUUGGUGAUACGCUGUGUUCAUGAAAACAUCAGAGUGUUGCGGAGAGCCAUUGCGUAGGGUGCUUUUUAUGUCCUGCAGUCCAAAAUAUCCUUGUGUGUACAUUGCCCAAUCCUAGCCACCUGUGUACGGCGCUGUACGAUCUCCCUUUCUUAUGUGGAUAUGGUGGACCCCCAUACGGCUUCUGGAUCGUUUCAUUCCUCGAAUCCGAGU